AUAAAAAUAUGAAAUGAAUUAGAUGAAAGAAAGAACGAAAGAAAAAAGAAAUUAGUGAAGUAUAGAAAUUGUAUUGUAUAGAGAAUAUUAGAGUAUAUAAAUUUAAAACGGAUUUAUAAGUGAAUAAUUAAUAAUAAAGGGGGAAAAAGGGAAGAUGAGACAGGUGUUUAUAAUACUGAUAUUAGCAUCUAUAUGUUUUUCCCAAUCUUAACUGAGAGGAAGCUAAUAAAUUGGUAUAGCUGCAAUUGAUAUGAGUAGUCAGAUAGGAUGGUAGCUUAGAAGAUUAUUCAUUUAUGUAAUUUCACUAUCAUACACCACCAAUGGAUGUAAUGAUGAUGAAUCACGAAGCCGAGAUUUAAAGAAUGAUGGGAGUACCAGGAGUUGUGAUGAUGAAUUAUGUUAUAGAGGAAUCUCCAUAUAAUCCAAUAGCUUGGUGAAAAUAAUAUUAAAAUAUA